AGCUCUUCUGUUCUUAGUUGCUGAAUUGGAAAAUCAUGAACAUUUUGAAUAUUCAGUACCACUAGAUUUUAUAUUUAGUGCUGUUGUGCCAAGUUAUUGCAUUUGCCGAGGUUUUUUCAACUUGUAUUGUAAUUUUAAAAAUAAUGAAAUGUGUAAUAAAGCAGUUGUGAAGGAUUUCUGCAAAAGAAAGAAUCCCAACUAUUCUCCAUUGAAGGUUUGUUGCACAGAUCAAUGUGUCACUAACUGCAUUCAGUGGGAAGAAAAUUUCUUUUCUUGGAAUACUCCUGGCAUUGGGAAACAGUUGAUUUUCUUAGGUCUGCAGUUUCUAUUCUUUCUUAUAACAUUGCUUUUACUUGAAGUGAGUGUUUUUUAUGGCCAGUUCCGUAAAUUAAAAAAGCGACCGAAAGAACAUGCUAUAAAUGUAGAUGGAUUUAGUGAAGAAGAUCAAAGGGAAACUUUAGAAAUGGAAAGCUCUUCUCUAACUGAGCUAUUCACUACAAAUUCCUUAACUGUAAGGGAACUAAGUAAGCAUUAUGGUUCUCAUUUAGCAAUAGACAGAUUAUCAUUUGGUGUUCUGAAAGGAGAAUGCUUUGGUCUGUUGGGAGCUGAUAAAGCUGGAAAAAGUACAGUCUUAAAAAUGAUAAGUGGAGAAGAAACUAUAUCUUUAGGAGAUGUAUACAUAGAUGGCAUCAAUAUUUCAGAGAAACCGGGAACGGUUAGUUUAUAUUAUUAUUAUUAUUAUUAAAAUAUGUUUUCACAUUAAGAUGCGACUAUA